UAUAAAGCCAUCGAUAACAUAUAGUUUCACAAUGUUAGAUAUGUGCUAAAAUUAAUGACAUCUCAACAAAAUAUAAAAUGAAACUAAUUUUUUUUUCGUCCUGCAUUAUUUGUAUUUUACAUGUACAAUUUUGUCAGUCGUUCAUUGAAAUUAACAAAUAUAGCAUAAAAGAUUUUGCAAUCGAUAUGAUGAGAAUAAAACAAGAUCUGUUUAAAUAUAAAGAAAAGGUGCACUUGGAAUUUGAGAUUUAUUAUAAUCAAACAGUAGAAAAUUUUUUUUGCAAUCAUGCAAAUCAAAGUAAAGACUGUAUGAGUAAACAAAACAUCAAAAAUGGUUAUGAUAUAUCACUGAACAGCGAAGAGAACAAAAAUAUUGAUGAAGCAGUGCAAAAAAUAAAAGCUUGUAUCAAUAAUGCUAAUAAUUCAUUGCUACGCAUUCCACUGGAAGACAUUGAUUACGUCAUUUCAAAUUUUGGUGCCGAUGUUGCCUCCAAUCUUAAAAUAUUCUCUAGAGAUUGUGAAUACUGGACGGCAGUAUUAUCACGUAAUAUAACAAUGAAUGAAUGUUAUGCAUUAAAAUCACCAAUAUUUCAAUUAAUUGUAAAUAAUUUUCGAGAAACAAUAGAUAAUUUGAAAAUUUUAAUUGUAAAUAAUGCUAAGAAAAUGAUUGAAUCAGUAAAAAAUUGUGCGUCACUAGCAGAAAUGUGGUUUAAAAAAAAUCUAAAAGAUAAAUGAUAAAUUCUCGCAUAUAGAUAAAUUAAAUUUCUUUUUUUAUUUUGUAAACUAGAUAUUAAUUUUCACUGAUUUUUCUUUUAUGGAAAUAUAUAAAUGUUUGUAAUUCGUCAAUAAAUUUACCUUAUAUUUUA